AGGUCGCAAUGGCUUCCUCAAUUUGGCUCUCCUUCUCUUCUUCUCUCCUCCCCUCGACUCUUUUUAACAAAAACAUUAACACAACAGCAUCCCCUCAAUCAACCACCACCACCAAACAUUCUAGGAUUCUUCUUCGCUGCGCAUUCACGGCUGCAUCCGCAGCUACAUCUACAACACGACCCCCAUCAUCAUCAUCAUCAUCUACUAAGGAGAGGCACUGGAAAGAAGGAGAGUUCCCUGGAAUAUCAGGGACUUCGAAAAGGCCACCUAUUAAGAAUAUCAAGAAGAAAUUGGACCGCAAAAACAAGGCCAAGGCCUGGGUCAACACUAUCACUGAGGCCUUAUCUGACUCCAUUGAUAAGAAGCAGUGGCUCCAAGCCCUUGAGGUUUUUGAGAUGCUUAGAGAACAACCAUUUUAUCAACCAAAAGAAGGGACCUACAUGAAACUCCUCGUUCUGCUUGGUAAAUCUCGACAACCCCGUCAAGCUCGGCAGCUUUUUGACCAGAUGAUCGAAGAGGGAUUGGAACCCACCGCAGAACUCUACACUGCCUUGCUUGCAGCUUAUUGUCGCGAAAGCCUCAUCGAUGAAGGUUUCUCUAUUCUUAACCAAAUGAAAACUCUGCCUAGUUGCCAGGCUGAUGUUUUUACCUACAGUACAUUGAUCAAACCUUGUGUUGAUAAUUCACGAUUUGAAUUAAUUGAAUCCUUGUAUGAAGAUAUGGCUGAACGGCUAAUAAUGCCGAAUACUGUUACGCAGAAUAUAGUGUUAAAUGGAUAUGGCAAAACAGGGAAAUUCGAACAGAUGGAGAAAGUUCUAUCUGGGAUGUUGGAGAGCACUGUUUGCAAACCUGAUGUUUGGACAAUGAAUACUAUCCUGAGUGUGUUUGGCAACAAAGGUCAGAUUGAUAUGAUGGAGAGAUGGUAUGAGAAGUUCCGGAAUUUUGGUAUUGACCCAGAAAGUCGCACUUUCAAUAUUUUGAUUGGCGCUUAUGGGAAGAAAAGAAUGUAUGAUAAGAUGUCAUCAGUGAUGGAGUACAUGCGCAAGGCUCAGUUUCCAUGGACAACGUCAACUUUCAACAAUGUGAUCGAGGCUUUUGCAGAUGCAGGGGAUGCAAAACACAUGGAGUGCACAUUUGAUCAGAUGCGUGCUGAGGGUAUGAAGGCAGACACUAAAACUUUCUGCUGCCUUAUCAAUGGAUAUGUGAAUGCAGGUGUUUUCCAUAAGGUUAUCAGCACCGUUCAGCUGGCAGCAAAGUUUGAGAUUCCUGAAAAUACCUCUUUCUAUAAUUCAGUCAUAUUUGCAUUUGCAAAAGCAGAUGAUUUAAUAGAGAUGGAAAGAGUCUUUAAGCGUAUGAAAGAUAAGCACUGCCUGCCAAAUUCAAGAACCUACUCUAUCAUGGAGGAAGCAUAUAGAAAGAAAGGCAUGAAUGACAAGAUCUAUGAUUUGGAGCUGGAGAAACAGGAGGUGCUUACCAAUGGUUCAGAAAUUGAUGAGGUCUCCUGACCGAAGUUUAGACAUGACUGCAGACCUAUGUAUUACACAGAUCAACAUUCUUGUGAACCGGAUUCAAUGUGUCAUGGGAUCGCUGAUAUAGGGAGGCUGCUGUGCUUGUGGGCUUGUCUCCUGUAAAGCUCAGGUUCGAUCUUUGAGGUGUUCAAAAAGAUAGGCGGUGAAGCUAUAAUUUUUUGGAAUAACUAAACCUGCAAUUGCUCCCGAUCUCAUUACAUGGGUAGAACUACUACUGUAAGAAAUUUUUAGACAUCUCUCCAGUACCGAGCACACAAGUUGGACAAGUUGAUCAUAUCCUCUGCAAAGUUCAGGUAAUCUUGUAGAUCCUUUUAUUCCUUCAAAGGCACCAGUUUUUACAUUGUUUGCUCUUUGUUAUUGAUGCGCAAGGAAGCUAUGAUUGUCGGAUCAAAGAGUGAAGAGCAUUCAUCUAGCUUCUUUGAUGUGUACAACUUUGUGGCGUAAUCUUUG